AUGGAUGACCAACAAGAGCCGAUAUUGAACGGGCGAGCAAUAUGUGAGUUUAAAGUGGUGGAAUUGAAAGAGGAAUUAGGCAAACGUGGGCUAUCAAAAAUUGGUACCAAAAUUGUUCUAUAUGAACGUUUGAAAGAGCAUUUAAUCAGCACUAUUGCUGCAUCAAAGCAAGCCGAACAAGAGUCAGCAGCUGCGGUCAAAUCAACUUCGGAUGAAAGUGGAUCGUCAACAGCGAAUCCGUUUGUUGCUGAAUAUUUGGCCAAACAGCAGGUGGCUCUUAUGGCUGCUAGGAAAGAUGCUGAAGAGGCUCGUCGAGCUGUAUCAGCGCCAGACGAUCAAACGAAUUCACCGCAACAUAAGGCCGUUACUGUGUCGAAGCGAAGUGAUUCCGAAAAGCAGUCUGGAACACCGGAUAAAAAAAUAACGCGACGAUCACCACGCUUGGGGAGUCCUCAGAAAGAUCGUGAUAAGACAGUGUCGGUUGAAGAACAAAAUGGAAAAGAGUUUCGUGAGGUCGGUGAAAGAACUGCUGAUGAAAACAUUACAAACGAAACAUCGAAACGUGCAACUGCAAAGAAGGAGUCUCUAAAGGAUGAAGACAUCAGUGAGGGUGCUGAACAGGUGAAUGAAAAAAAUAGCAAUGCAGAUAUUAGAAAUGACGAUGACGCAAAAGAUGAAUUAUCAGCAGAUGCAGAUGUUAAAGUGGAAAUUUCGAAAGAAGAUACCACAAAAAGUGAAAAAAGAAAUGGCAACAGGGAUAUUAAAAACUCAGAAGAAGCUGACGAAGGAGAACGGUCUUCAAAGAAUUUGUAUCCUGACAACACUAAGGCGUCUGUCUCGCCUUCCAAACAUUCACCACAUGCUGAUGAAGAUGUUGAUUUACCCAAGGACCAUAAUGAAAAAGUAAGUGUCAGUUCGACGAUUUUUUUGGAUAGUACAUGUGAAGAUAUCGACGAUAAAAAAGUGAAUGUCAUCUCCGAGGAUGUGGUGGAUAGUUCGUGCGAUGCUAGCAAAGAAACGCAUUCAAUCAGUUCAGAUACGGCAACACCACCAACAACAGAGCCUAAAAUUGGUGUUAAAGAAACGGAGGCGACGAUGGAGCAUUCAAAGUCAGAGAACCUCUCUGAAGAAGGUAUCAUUGUGUCAGAGGAAACAACUCAGGAAGACGAUGUUGAUUCGUUAUCUCUCAACAUGAUUGAUCAGCAACAACAGCAUUCCGACUCGAUGAGAAAACAAGAUGAGGAAUGUAGAAAGGACGCAGUCAAGAAGCGUGCUGAAGGAGCUAGUGAACGUCGUUGGAAAGGAUCAAAUGAAGAAUUAUUGGAAAAUAAUAAAGAGAGAGUUGUGACAGUUGAUGUACGUACGAGCAGCAAAAAUAAGUCUUCGGACGAACGUCAUUUUCAGUUAAGUGAUAUGCAACCGCACGAAACAACUUCGAUCCAUUCCGAUACUUCAGUAUCGCUUUCGGACACAAGACGACGCAUCUCUGUCGCAGAUUCAGAAGAGUCAGAUAAUAAUAAUAAUAACGAAGAUGAUGAUAUGAAAGAAAAAACCGAAGAGUUGGAUUAUGAGGAAGUACCGCAACAAGCUUCAAUGAGUUCAUCAUUGGAAAAGAAAGAUGAAAUUUUGUGCAGUAAAGUAGAAGUGGCAGAAACGUCGACGAGGAGAAUAUCUUCAUCCAAUGAAGUAAUUCAUGGAUCAGAUGAUGAAAAGAAUGUAACGAUUGAUGGUUUCGUACGUCAGCGAAGUGUUUCACCGGCAAGAUAUCCUGUUAAUCAGGUACUGAUGAUAAGACAGUUAACACGACCAUUUACCUCCAAGCAGUUGCAACAAAUGCUUGCCACUUAUGGAACGAUCGUCGAGAAUGGUUUUUGGAUUGAUAAUAUCAAAUCAACAUGCAUUGUUAAGUAUUCAACGAUAGAAGAAGCGAUCGUGGCUCGAGGUCGUUUGCACAACGUCGUAUGGCCAAUUCACAGUCCAAAGGCACUCAAAGUUGAUUAUUCAGAUGAUGAAGGGUUAGCGAAACACAUUGCAUCAGAUGCAACAAAUGCAUCUACUGCGUCAGCAGUUACACCAAAAGCCAAGCGUUCGUUUGGUGGUGUUCCUUCAUCUGAGAAUGUUAUGGCGACCAGCACUUUACGUAUCUCGGUGUCAGUCAAUGAUGAACAACGAUCUGUGCAGCCUUCAGCAACGCGUUCUUCUCGUACGGGUCAUCACAAGCACAAUGAUAAUGCCUCAAAAACGAACGAGAAUGCGAGUGAUCGUAAGAAGCCACAUUCCAAAUCGCCACCUGGUCGUAGUGAUGCGCCUAGCGAGAAGCGAAGUCGUCAAGAGCGUCGUGAUCUACACAGUGGUGAACGUAAACAUCGCAGUUCACCAGAGGCGAAACAGCCUAUCCAAGAUGCUGAAAAAAGUGUGAAAACGGCAGAUGAACUCUUCAAAAAGACAGUCACACAGCCAUCAAUUUAUUACGUAGCGUUGACAGAUGAGCAGAUAAUAGAACGUACAAAACGGAAACAGGGAGUGGAAACAUGCGAGAUGUUGUCUGAAAAGAAGAGUGCCGAUGGAGCUGUGUCAAAAAUGUCAUCGAGUUCGAAAAAGGAAGAUGUUGGUGACAAGGGCAAAAAGAGAUUGAAGACGAACCUCUCUUCGGAAAAACAUCAUCACGCCGCAGCGGUCAUCACCAUCAACUCACAAUCCGAAAUGUCUGCGUCAUCUCGUCAUCAUACGUCCAAUCGUCAUCGUGACCGAUCUCCGUCCUCAACACAACGUCAUCAUCAUUGA